UGCUGUUGUCUGUUUCAAAUUUUGAUUUGCUAUUAAAUAGAGCAAAGUCUAAUUUUAAAUUAUUUGUGCAUACUAAUCGUUUAAAACAAUCCCAUAACAAGUUUGUGUAACGUUAAAUCUGUUUGUGUUAGUUAUUAUCUAGUGCAUAUAUGAUAAUCAAUUGCGCUGCUGCGCUAUCGGGCAUGUCAAAUUUAGUCAAAUGGUCCCUAGCAGUCGGGUGGUGUAGUAGUCUCGCGGAUUUCGAAGUGUGUGAACGACGACAAAUCAAUAAAAUGGUCCGUUGAUCAUUUACUUUUAACUGGACAAACAAUCUAGUCCUUUCUUCCAUUAGUUUAUUUCUAUAAUUGGACAAAGCAAGUUGAACGAUAUACAAAAUGUUUAGUAAGCCAUACGAAAAGAGAUUGGUGCAACAGUGCAGUCCAGUGAGCAAGAAGGAAUCGGUGCUCGUGCGACCUGAAGUGAUGGACAGAUUUAUACCUUGUCGUCCUGAUAAUAAUUGGCAGACCAGCUUCCAAGCUAUACGUCGAGGCACAGAGAACCAGCCGGCGAAGAAAGCCAGGGCAGAGGGUGCAGCUAAUGACGGCACUGGGGGGCGAGAGCAUCUCGCCUAUACGUGUCUACUCCGAAACGAGCUCCUGGGCGCAGAGAUAGAUGAGUUAAGAGGGCCAGCAUGUGAGAAUAGGGCCGCAUUAGGCGCUGUGCAGCUUGCUUCCGCUGCGACCGCCGCAUUAUCGUAUUCACCGCGCGUCUUCAAGUUCAGAGCUCCUGUGCAUAGUGCAGAGGAGAAUAUAGAUCCAUCGCCGUAUAGUCUGUCACCAGUGUCAGCAAAAUCUCAGAAACUCCUACGUUCACCGCGCAAAGCGACGCGCAAGAUAUCCCGGAUUCCGUUCAAAGUGCUCGAUGCGCCAGAACUGCAGGAUGACUUCUAUUUGAACCUGGUUGACUGGUCGGCACAGAAUGUGCUCAGUGUCGGCUUAGGUAGCUGUGUGUAUCUAUGGAGUGCUUGCACCAGUCAGGUGACGCGGCUGUGCGACCUGUCGUCGGAAGGCAAUGCUGUCACCUCAGUCGCGUGGAGCGAGCGCGGACAUCUUGUCGCCGUGGGCACGCAGAAAGGACACAUCAGUGUAUGGGAUGUCGCGGCUAAUAAGGAGGUGACAAAACUGCAAGGUCACAUCGCGCGUGUGGGCGCGUUGGCGUGGAAUGGCGACAUGCUGAGCUCCGGCUCGAGGGACCGACAUAUACGACAGCGGGACACUAGGACACCACCUCAGCAGACGUCGCGCGUGCUGCAAGGGCACCGGCAGGAGGUGUGCGGCCUCAAGUGGUCGCCCGACGGACAGUCGCUGGCUUCGGGCGGGAAUGACAAUAAACUCUUCGUAUGGUCUAUGCACAGCACGUCCCCGGUGCAGACGUACGGCGCGCACGUCGCCGCCGUGAAGGCCAUCGCCUGGUCGCCGCACCAGCACGGCCUGCUGGCCUCCGGCGGCGGCACCGCCGACCGCUGCAUACGCUUCUGGAACACCCUCACCUCGCAGCCCAUGCAGUGCGUCGAUACAGGAUCACAAGUGUGCAACUUGGCUUGGUCCAAACACUCCAGCGAGUUGGUCUCCACGCACGGAUAUUCGCAAAAUCAAAUCCUCGUGUGGAAGUAUCCUUCAUUAACACAGGUGGCAAAGCUAACAGGACAUUCGUAUCGCGUCCUCUACCUUGCUCUGUCCCCCGACGGCGAGGCGAUAGUCACCGGCGCAGGGGACGAGACGUUACGCUUCUGGAACGUCUUCUCCAAAACUCCUUCACAUAAAGAAAAUAAGAGCGUACUUAAUCUGUACACCGCGCUCAGAUAAACUGUCAAAGAGUAAAGUGAAACGUCAAUUGGCGCUAGUGUCGCGACAUAGAUUAUAAAGUGAAGUGUCAAAAGUGAUGCCAUCUAUCGACUUUGUGGCGUAAUGUCAAACCAAAUACGUUUGAAUCGUGUUUCUAAUUUAUUACGCGAAUUAAUUAAGUUAACAGAUGUCUAAUAUAUUGAAAGGGUUCCGGUUUAUUAUAUGCCUAGUUAUACAUAUGUAUAGUUUUUUAUUUGUGACAAAUUAUUUUGGAAUCGAUUUAAUAUAGCGGAUGGUAGAUGGAAAAUAUAAUUUGACGUUUUUCCCGCCUUUUGUUGAUGUCAAAUUGUGAUUUUUUAAAUAAAUCCGAUUCGAUGUAUUUUUAUAACCAAACAAACUGUUGUUUAGAUUUUGUAUUGUUACUUUUUCGUGCAAUUUCUGAGAAAUUUAGAAACAGUAAAUUAAGAGAUUUUUUAA